ACGGCGUGGGCGCCAUGGAGAGAUGAGUGUGGAUUUAAUAAACUGAGAAGGAACCAAUCUGACGUCUGUAACUGGGCCGAGUCUGCCUCCAGCAGCGAAGAAGAUGGAGGAUAUCUGAGAACUCACUGCAAACAAAGUCCUGGAUGUUGGGGUCCGGUCAUGGGAGGCUAUCGCUCAGCAGAUGUCCGCAAGUUACUGCACAACAAGUAUGUUGUUGUCCUUGGAGACUCCAUUCAGAGAUCCGUCUACAAAGACCUGGUGAAGAUGCUGCAGGACGACGCGUUUCUCUCUGAAGAACAGAUGAGAAAAAGGGGGGAGCUAUCUUUUGAGAAUGACGCUCUGGUGGAAGGCGGCGAGCUGGAUGGACUGCACAAUGGGACCACUUUCCGAGAAGUGCGGCAGUACCGGAGCGGCCACCAUCUUGUACGCUUCUACUUUCUGACCCGCGUCUACUCUACUUACCUGGAGAGCGUACUGUCGGAUUUCCAGAGCGACCCCCAGCCCGAUGUGCUGAUAGCAAACUCCUGCGUCUGGGAUGUCAAUAGGUACAACGACAAACAUCUGGAGGCUUACAAGACCAACCUGGACACGAUGUUCCAGCGCCUCAAGGAGGUGCUGAGCCCCGAAUGCCUCAUCAUAUGGAACAUGACCAUGCCAGUCGGAUUCAAGCAUUGUGAAAUCCCAGAGUACAUGGUACACAACCUGCGGAUGGACGUCGUGGAGGGGAACUUCUUCAGCGCCACUUUGGCGGAUUUGCACAAGCUGGACGUUCUGGACAUGCACUAUCACUUCCGCUGUGACCUGCGUCUCAGAUGCCCGGACUCCAUCCAUUGGAACCAGGUGGCUCAUCGGAAGUACACCCAGAUCCUGCUGACCCACAUCGCACAGGCCUGGGGGGUUAGAGCACCGAAGGGCAAGAAGCUGAAGUGCUCUCCUUUUGACUCCGCUGUUCCUGACUCUGUUCCGAUGAGAGAACAUCUGGACCCUAACGUUAACCUGCUACCCUCAAUCCAGGAGCAGGAGCACUGCAGUCAGUUUAGAGGUCCACUUCUGCCCACUCCCUGUCCUGGAGGCACACUAUGGGGGCAGCAGCCCCGACUCCCAGCGCCUGUCAAUGCCGAGGUGCAUACAUCCCGAGACACCCCUUGUUCGAUGGGAGCGACAUUAACACCAUGCCUGUUGCUUUGUUCCUAG